AUGGUGCUCAUACGACAGCCCGAGAUUGCCGACCCCCUCGAUAAGAGGUUCAACCAGGACCCCUUCGACCCGGCAAACGUCAACUCGCUAUGGGAGCACCCCAGCUUGCAGCAUCUAAGCCUGGAGUUUCUGCAGGAGGACGCUAAGACCACCCCACGGUUUUCGAUGAACGUGAUUCCCGCCUCGGCCACAGCGCCUGACCGACCCAAGGCUUCGUCUGAGUCACCACGCCAGGAGUCCCUGUACUCCUCCCCGAGCCUGACUGCCUCAACACCCCCACUGACGCGGGAGCCGUCCCUCGCCUCGUCGUCCGUCGAGCUGCGCAGCCCAUCGUCAUCAUCACUGGAGGAGUCAACCUCCACAUCGACCCCUGCUUCCUCCAUCACCACUUCCAAAGCCGCCGCUCGCGCCGCCAAGCGACGAGCACGCCGCGAGAUCAACAAGGAGAAGCGGCGGGCAGAGGAGGAGGCCAAGGCGAAGAAGGCGGACCUGCAGGGAUGGGAGAUCGCCCUCGACGGGCUGAAGCACCCCAUCAGCGCCAAGCGGGAGCUUCGUGCAAGGCGGGAAAGCAUUGAGAAGUUCCAGGUGCCAGCCGACCGGCAAGUCGCCACGCGGAGCGGAGCACCCGUUCCGGCAACCGACUUCAGCCUCGAGCACAACGUCGCCUCUGCGCUCACUGAGGAGCUCGUCUCUCAGUACGGCGGCUGGAGCAUCACGUUCUCCGACCCGUCGUACCGCAUCUGGAUCUCAUGCGGAAAGAACGCAGCCAUCUCGUACAAGCACGUCAAGGGAAUGUUCCACCACUACGCCAUUGUGUUCGGUGACCCUGUCUGCUCAUCAGACGUGAAGAAGGACAUUCUCGACCAGUUCCAGACGUACUGCCGGGCACGACGCUGGCGGCUUGCCAUGGUCGGCGUCGGUGCCGAGACUGCCGCCAUCGCCUCGGCUGCCCGCUGGAGCACGAUUCAGUUCGCCAACGAGCAGGUGGUCAACCCUCAAUCGAACGCCAUCCUCGACGGCACCAACGGGAAGCGCAUGUUGUUCACCGUCAAGAAGAUGGCAAAGGACGGCGUGCUACGCAUGUACAACCCGGCUGACGGACGGGACGCCGUUCUCGAGGCUUAUCUGCAAGGCGUGUAUGACGAGUGCUACGCGAGCAAAGAGGUGGCCAAGGGCGAAGCCUCAGCCUACAGCACCAAGCUCCGCGUCUUCGACUUGCCCUACCUGCAGACGUACUUCUACACUGUCGACUCCGACGAGCGGCCCAACGGCAUGGCGACUCUCAUGACCGUUUCGCCCGGACGAUACCUUCUCGACCCCGUCGUCGCCAUCCCCACCGCGCCAGCGGGCACUACCGACUUCCUGACUGUUGCAGCGAUGGGCUGGCUGCGCCGCGCUGGCGCAGAGCACAUGACGUUCGGCCUGGAGCCGCAGCGUGUGAUCGGCAGCAUCGAGGGUCUGCGGAAGCACUGGCACGGCGCGACGCGGCGCGUGAACGCGGCCGCGUUCGAUGGCUUCGGUUUCGCAGGCAAGAAGAUGCUGCACGACAAGUUUCACCCAGACCCCAGCCGGACUGAGCCGCUGUAUGUUGUGCUCGCCUCGAGCCACAGCAUGACUCAGGCCGACGGCGCGCUCGCGAUCUGCGCCGCGACACACAUCCGCGCGGGGCCUGUGCUCUCCCGUCUCGUCCCGUGGUCGAAGAACCACAGCAGGCUCGACCAGGAGCCAGAGCAGCCGACACCAGAACGCGAUUAG